GCGUGGAAGCACGAGAAACCCAAAGGAUUGUUGGCUACCACCUCGCAUUGCAAUAUGGCAGGUCAAACGACGCACCCCCUCAAAAUAUUCGACCUGGCAAAAGACCAAGACAGAUUCGUCUAUGCUUCGGCGCCAAUGGUCAGAUACAGCAAGCUUGCGUUUCGCCAAACCGUCUUUACGUAUGGGGUUGAUCUGUGCUGGACGCCCAUGGUCCUAGCCAAAGAGUUCAACCGAAACCAGUUCGCCCGGGAUAGUGAUUUCACUUUCGCCUCGGAUGCGCCACAGCCACCAACCAUAGUCCAGUUCGGCUCCAACUCGCCCUUGGAGUUCUCUAGAGCUUCCUCGCUCGUCGCCCCUUAUGUCAGUGGCGUCGACCUCAACUGCGGCUGCCCCCAGUCCUGGGCGUGUGCCGAGGUCCUGGGCGCCGCCCUGAUGGAGAGGAGGGAGCUUGUCCGGGACAUGGUCGCCGAGGCGAGGAGUCGCCUGCGCGUGGAUGGGUGGGCAGUUUCCCUGGACGAGUCUAAAAACGACCCAAACGGGAAGAGCGUCAGCGUCAAGAUACGCGUGCACAAGGACCUCCGGAAGACCAUGGACUUUAUCGACACGGUCCUCGGCCACCCACAGAAUCGGCAGAUAGACUUCCUCACCAUCCAUCCCAGGACCAGGAACACGCCCUCGAGCGAUCCCAUCAACGUCGAGGCGCUCGAGGUCCUGACCUCGAAAUAUGGCAAUGCCGUCCCGAUCUUGGUAUCAGGCGACGUUUUCACGCUCGACACCCUGCCGUUUUCCUCGCCCCUGCUCACGCGGGCGGGCGGACACGAUGGCGCACCAGGCAAGCCCCGCUCCGACGCGGAGCAUCCCAGCAGCCCACGACCCGUGCUGCCAAAGUUGGCAGGGCUGAUGUCCGCCCGCGCGAUCCUGGCCAACCCUGCGCUGUUCUCAAACCAGGGCGCGUGCAGCUGGGAGGUUGUCGAGCGCUUCAUGAACAAAGUCGCUCGCGCGCCGCUGCCCCUGAAGCUUGUCCAACACCAUCUGACGGAAAUGACCGGCGCCGGAUUUGGCCCGGACAAGCGCUCGCUGCUGAACAAGAAGGAGAGGAUGGCUCUGAUUGCAUGCACCAACAUGCUCGACGUGAUUGACCUGUUAGACGAAAAGAUGGCUGAGAAACACGGGGGGUUGGGCCUGACGCGGUCCAUGUCGGUCGACAGAUACAGUGGAAGAGGUGAGGAGCAAAAAGAGUAAUGAAAGAAAUCCAACUUUUCAACGCCAAAGACAGAAAUACCUACCUAGCCUUGGAC